ACCUUGUUUUCGGUUUUCAGGAGGAUUAUAGUACGUGUUGCUUGGCUUACGUGUCAUACAAGUUAGUAUAUGUUUCUUAUUAGUUAUCCACUCAUUCUUCUGAAGGAAUAAAGUUGGAAUUAUUGUGGAGCCAGACAUUAACAAUGGUGUUAGCUGACCACAAAGAUUUGAUAGCAACAGCUGCCACCACAGUUACAAUCCUCCAGCUUUUAAGUGGAAUUGACAUAUGUCGCAAAAUUGUCAAACAGUCAUCAACUGGAAACAUAUCUGGCUUCCCCUUUGUUGGAGGAGUAUUUUCCACAAGCACAUGGCUUUCAUACAGUCUGCUACUGGGUGAUGUGUCGAUGGAAUUGACCAAUGCUGUGGGUCUACUGUUACAGGUGUGUUACUUGCUGGUGUACAUAAAGUACUGUAUCGCCCCAGGACCUUGGUACUCCACCAGGAGACAGUUGAUGCUGUUCUCCACUGUUGUUUUUGUGAUCCAGUACUAUGUAUUCUUCUCAGGUGUAAAUGUUGAGAUCAUCAAAAACCGUGUGGGCAUGAUGUGUUGUGUUGGAAGCAUCAUCUUCUGUGCAUCUCCUCUCAUAUCACUGAAGGAUGUGUUCAACACCCAGAGUACAGAGAUGCUGCCCUUCCCUCUCAUAUUUGCAACCUUCAUUAUGGCUGGACUUUGGUGGCUGUAUGGAAUUAUUAUUGAGAAUAGCUUUGUCCAGUACCCAAAUCUGAUUGGGUUUGCCCUUUCAGGUUUUCAACUCCUUCUCUUCAUUGUUUACCCAAGCAAGAUGAAAGGUGAGCUCGAGGCAAUAACAAGAGUACUGUAGAAUUGCAGCGUAUUUAGACGUCCAUCCAGGGGUCAGGCAAACUCCGGGGAAGUCAGAUGCUUCCAGGUUUUGUAAGCUAGUGCUUUGAGAGAUUUUAACAAAAUAUAUUUGUACAGUAUAUUGAAAAUUAGGAAUCUAUCUAAACUUAAUCAUCAUUAUCAUCAUCGUCAUAAUAUCUCUUAUGAUCAUCUUAUAUAACAUAUCUUAUUAAAUUACAACAGCCAGACAACCCCUAGUCAUUCAAGAACCACAAGGAAAGAGAAAAAUUAAUGCUGAGCUUAAAAGAAAUUAGAUGCAACUGCCAGAAAAAUUGUGUGAAUGGGGAACAUUAAAAAGUACAUAUGUGAUUCUCAAAUAUGUUGACAUAUACCUGUAUUCCUUCCAGAUGUUGGGCACUUUUAUACUGAGAAUAUUUUUAAUAUCGAGAAAGAACUUGCAGCUAUACUGUAUAUGUACAUUCAUAGUCGGUAUUAUUUUUAGCUGACAAUACAAGCCCCAGCCCCUCCUUUCAGCUCAUUGGCUCAUAAAUAAUCUUUAAUUAAUAUUGAUAUAUUGCAAAUAAAUCCAUGUAACUGUACUGUAUAACUGUUCAGGAUACCCAGUUCUGACUCACUUUAAUGCUGAAAAUAAUGUAUGUAAAGAUAUAACUACUUGAAAACAAACUUUCAAGACACGGACCGACACUACUGCGCAUCCCUGGAAUUUUUCCUGGUACAGCGUACUGGGGAAAGUUUUCCGAGGUUCUAAACUAUUCAUUUCACACGGACAGACACUAUCGCACAUCCCAGGAAUGUUUCCGGGUGCUGGGGAAAGUUUUUGACGAGUCUAAACGAUGCAUCUCUCACGGAGAGACACAAACCUGUAUUUAUAUACACAAAUACACUGUACGCAUACAAUAUAUUGUAAACAAACAAUAUUUACUACUGUAUACACUAUACUGUUCUCACCAGCAGAUGCUUUCAUCUUGAGCUUGUGAUGCAGGCAGGUCAUAUACUAUAGCAAGUGUUACUGUCACUCCUCUCCCCCAAUGAAGGAGGAAUUGUACAUGCACUGUAUACUAUACAUACACCCUCUACACACUAGCCUACAGUAGGCAUACACUGUCCACUCUGCUAUGUACUAUACAGUAUUGUAUGUACAGUACUUUGAUACUUACUGUAUGUACAGUACAGUAUACAUACACAAACUAUAAUCACUUUUUAUGUUUUAACACAUUAUUCUUGGCUUAUUGUGUCCUGUACAGUAAGGUAGAAUACUUCACAACACAAAUUGUAUGCAAAAACAGCAGUAAACAAGGGAGCAGACGUGUACAAUGGCAGCAGAAUAUGAACCAGCACAAGAGCCUACGACCUAAGUUACUCAAGCAGCUAGCCCACCCACGCUCCUGAUACGUGGGGACACAUUGGAGCACGAUACAAUCUCUCAGAAUGGAGAGAUUUUCUUAGAAUUUUCCAGAAAUGUGCCUGAUUCCAUUCUUGGAAAUUUGUUCCAGUGCCUGAAAUGGAGAUAUUUUUCGCAGAAUUUCUUAGACGACUUAAAAUUCAUUCCGGCUAUUGGAGAGUUCUGGGGAUCGAAGAUUCCAGCUAAUGGGAAGAUUACUUUUAUUUAUAUUAAUCAAACAUCAUAAUAUGAGCUAUUGAGCUGUACGGGGCAGGGCUUCUUAACCGAGUACCAUCAGCUAAAAAAAAAAAAAACUACAGUACAGUAUACAGGUAAUCAUUCAGACUUUGUGAAGGUGCUUUACAAAGGGAAUUGGUCUGUGAUAGUGAUGAAAGUCAGUUAGUUGUUUAUCACCAGGAUUAUAGUGUAGAGUAGACUGUUGUAUUUUUUCCUUUUGAAAUUUGUGAAAUGUUUUCUGUAGUGGACAUGAAUUUAACAAAGUUUUUUUGCAGUAAUCUGGUGGCAGAUUAUAUGUUCUCUGAAAUUAUAUAACAAAUGUUUAAUGUUCUUUGGACUCAUAAACUAACUUACAGCAAAUUCAGACUGUAAACUAAUGUGCAAAAAGCUUUUGCAAAGUCAUUUUGUUCUUUAUUUAAAUUUAUGGUCCUGUAUCUGGACUUUUUGCACUAACUACCAUUAUUACAAAGGACUUAACCGAUGUAUAAUAUGCUAAUGAUUGUGCAAUAUCAUUCUCUUUUCAGUAGGAUGGUCACAAAUUUCAUUAGACUGUACUGUACACAAUGAAGGUGUUAUAUACAGAGUAUAAUACUUGGGGAUCUCAUACAAUUAUAUUUGUUAUGAGACAGGCUAAGGACAGCUGGUAUGUUCUGUAGAUUCUUUGUGAGUAGGUGACAUAUGCAUUUAUUUUUGUUACAUAUGUUGUGAAAAUAACAAUUACAGUAAUCAUUCCUUACAAUGGAAUUCCUUUUAGCAGAUCAAACUUGUGCCAGUAUUUGUUUCUCCAUUUAGUUAGAUGAAUGGGAAUUUCCUGUCACGCCCAUGUGGGCUCACAUCAUGAUUUUUGUGCAAUCAGUCAGUUUCUUGCCAUGCCUCACCACACAUUAUUGUGGUUUCCCAGGUUUUUUUCAUAUUCUCCCCAUGUGUGUGCAUGUACAGUAUAUCUUUGUCACCAUACCUAAAGUGAGUGCUAAGUCCAGUGAAGAGAAAGGUAAGAGAGUGCAUCUCACUUUUACAGAAACUAGAAUUUUUAUUAGUUAUUUUGCUAAUAUCCAGUAUGUACUGUAUUGUAUAUAUACCCUGUAUGUAUAAAAUCAUAAGAUAUGUACAUUUGGAUGGUUGAAUAUGUUAACAUUUGGUUGUGACCUCAUCGGGCAUUUUUGCCAGUUUCGACAGUUGUUAGGUGGCUGACAAUCCACUCUCACUCUUUCAGUAUUUUUACAAGUGGUUUCUGACAGUCUACUUAUUGUCUAACCACUCAGUACUCGAGAACGUAUGAAUAGUGUGAAGAGCAUCUAAUGUCAUGUAAAGUAAUCAUAAUAGAACUCCUCAUAACAUGUUACCAGUCAGCUGUGGGAUGGCUAUGCAUAUUGUCAUUUUUACAUGUAAUGAAACUACUGUAGAAGUAUCUUCCACGUUACGAAAACUCGGGUUGUAGAAAUUCGUCCAUACUUUAGUUGUAAAUUAUGACCACUAAAUACGGGAUAUGGCUCAUAAAUUUUACCUUAUGGAAAUGCAAUAAAUAUUCAAAAUUUUCAACACAAAAAUUGCUAUACGGUAUUUGAUUUUGUGAAGCAAUUCUCAAAUGCAACAAUUUUAUAUUGAGGUAAGAGAUGGGACAUAAUCCCUGGAUCCUAAAAAGUUAAAAAAUACUAAAAAUAUUAUAAAAAUAAAUAUAUGCACGCAGGCAAAUGGGAAAUGGAGGAAUAAAUAUUUUAUCUAGUUUGGUUUAGCCAUGGCAUAGAACUCCUUUACUGUGCAAAGUGAGUGAUUGUGGGUCACAUGGGGGUGGUAUAAGUGGACCUAGAGGCCUAUGAGACAGUCUAUAAAUGCAUCACCAGGCACGCAAUUUUAAAUUUGACACCAAAAUCUUGUCUGGUAUGUCGCAACCUUAAUUGCAGACCACUGUACUGGCUUUUCACAGCUAAAGAGUUCAACAGAUAACUGCUAAAGAGUACCUGUAGAUCAAUAUUUUAAAGUCACUUCUCUUAUUUAGGAUUAUGUAGCUUGUAUGUUCUAAAAGUUUGUGUACAUAGAAUGACUUUUUCAAAGUAAAACUUAUAUUUUUAUAUCCAAGUCUUAAGGGAGAAUUCAGUGGUGCAAUAUUUUAAUGAAAUAAUGAGACAUAUUGUUUAUGAUAUUGCUUGAAUAAUUGAAAUAGUUCAUUAAGUGUAACUCUGUUAAAAUGCCUAAAAUGUUCCUAGUAUGUUGUUCAUCUGUAUCUCUCAUAUUAUUGAAGGGAAGCACAUAAAAGUGUAAUGAAUUAUUUUUAUUCUUAAGUGCUAAUGAUCACCGGAUCUGAGAAUUUUUAAAUAAAAAAGAAAUUUUAAAAAUUAUGUGGCGCAAGUGCAGCAGUAAACAUAUUGGGAACUACAUUAAGCCUUAUUAUUUUAUUUUUUAAGCAACUUUUGACAUUAAUGUAAAGUACUGUACAUAUGCUGUACAUACAGGGAUAAAUCAAUAAAAAAUAUUAUGUAAUUCAUUGUUGUUAAAACAUCAUAAAUGCAUUUAACAUGGAAUCUGUUGAAGACAAAGCAUUUCACUCUUUUCAUAAUACUGUACUAUAUAUUUUUUCAAAUAAAAUUGUGUCAAAGUG